GGGGUGAGCCGAGCCCGGGCAGCCAGGGUGGCUCUGCUUACUCUGCCUUGUGUGUUUAGGGUCCUUGUGAGAUGCGGGGACCAGAGGAUCCCAUCACAGAGCUGCGGGGUAGACGCAGUCAUGUUUCUGCACUUCUCCUGUCCCUGUGCGUCCUCAGGACGGUCACAGAGGCUCUGGUGUUCCUUCUUUGUGACUGUUCUCUUUGCCUGAGCUGUCAGUUUGUUGGAGUUUAGAUGCGUGAACUGUGUUCAUAACACCUUCAGGUCGUGUACUUCUCAUUUUUCUUAUUAUUCAAGUCUUAGUUGGGGCUUGAAAGUUCAGCACCCUUUGAUUUUCCUUUGUAAUUUGUUACUUUAAAUUAAUUAUUUUGACAAAUAUUUACUGCAUACUUGCUAAGCCAGGUCAUGUUAGGCAUUUUAGAAUUAAAGGAUUAUUUAAGGUGACAUCCCUGCCUUUGAGGAGCUUGUGUUUUUGAUGACAUUGGGGAAGGUUUCCUGGAGGACUCCGUUUACCUUCUUGCUCAUCUGAGUAGUGCCUCUGGCUAAGUGUGUUGUAGGAAAUAGGCAUGUGAAAUUAGCUGCUGUGUUUGCUGUGAGAAGACUGUUGAGGAUUGUUCCAUCCUCAGUCUUGAGAGUCUGGCCCGUCAGCAGCAUUGGGCAUGGUUGACAUUCCCCCUCCUGGCUUUCUCCUCUUGGGUCCAGGACACUGCAGUCCCAGGGUUCUCCUCUUGCCUUUCUGUCUGCUCCUCCUCUCCUUCUUUUGCUGGUUCCGUCUCAGUCUUCUCACCCUUUAGAUGUGGGAGUGCCCCAAAGCUUGGUUCUUGGAUGUCUUCUCUUCCACACUCACUUUCGUGGUGAUCUUAUCUACCUUUGAGGUUUUAAAUAGCAUGUUUUUGCUCCUGAAUGUGUCACUUGUCCAGAUCUUCCCCUGAAUCCCACACCCAUACAUGCAGCUUCCUACUUGACGUCUCUCCUUGGAUGCCUAGCAGGUGGAUCACACCUGACAUGACAGCACCUAGCUCUCGAUAUCUACCUGCCAUCCGCCACCCAGCACAGGCGCUGGUUUGCUCAUGCUCAGUUAUAGGCAACCCUUUUCUUCCAGUUACUCAGACGAAAACUUUGGUGUCAUCCUGAAAUGUUCCUCUUCUUUUUUCCUCCCAUACUCCACGUAUUUUCUCUUGGCAAAUCUAACUGUUAGCUUUACCAUCAGAAUAUAUCCAUAUUCCGACCACUUCCCACCAUGCCCACUGCUAACCACGCUAGUCUGAGAGCCCUCGUCUCUGUUGCGGAUUCUUGCAGUAGAGCCUAACCCAUAGCGUUGCUUCUGCCUUCCUCCCCACUUGUAGCCCGUUUUGAAUAUAGCAGCCAGAGCGAGUCUGUUAAAACAUACGGGAUCAUGCUGCUCCUCGGCUCAAAACCUCAGUGUCUUCCCAUCUCACACAGAAUAAAAACCAAAGUCCUUGUUAUUACCUAUAGCUCACCUCCCCACUAUUUCCUCCCUGGGACCUCAUCUCAACCCCUCCCCUCUUCAUUUGUGCUCUUCCAGCCUCUGCCCUCCUUGCCGUUCCUCUUGGGGCCUGUGCACUGGCGGUUUCUUUUGCCAGGAUGCUUUUCCCCCAGAUCUCACAGCUAACUUUCCUUCAGGUUUUACUCGAAAGUCAUGUUCUUAUUGAUGUCUCCACCCAUUUAUAUUCUCCUUCCCUGUUUUAUUUUUUCCUUACUUUUUAAAGCACUUACUGUGAUUAAUAUACUACAUAUUUUACCUCUUCCAUCUCCCGAAAAUAUAAGCUCUAUGAGAGCUGGAAGUUCUUCUGUUUUAUUCUUUAUCACACAUCCCCAAUACCUAGAACAGUGACUGGCAUGGAAUCAGGCCUCAGUAAGUGCUAAAUGAGUGAAGAUAUUAUCCGCUAUACCUUUUACUGUCUUAUGGACAUUCAGAGUAUGACUCUUUUUUUUUUCAGUUGUCAAUACUAGGAAAAGCUGUGCAUUUUCUGAGCUAAGGUUUAUUUUUGUCGUAGUACCCUGUGAGUUUUGUAACUCAGCAUAUUUCAUUUUUGCUUUGGUUACUGGGAAGUUAUUAGUGUACUGUGCUAUUUUGAAUUCUAGCAUUUUCUAUAAACUGGUAUUUUUUUGUGUAGUCAUCUUAUCUGCGGCUUUUGUUUUUUCCCUUGUGUUUUUAAGAAAAUUUAUCUCUUGUUUAAUCUGGAUCCUACUUGUACCUAUUUCUUCAAGCCAUCUCAUAUCCUUUUUUCAAACGAGGCAGAGAUAUAAAUGAAAAUUUUGUUGAUUUUCCCUUCUUUUUCAGGGCAGUACCGUGAACAUGAACCUUAUGGGAUGGCUGUACUCUCAAGUUGAAGCUUUGCUGGGUUCUGCUGGUCCCACAACCCUUGGGGUCACACUUAUAAUCGGGGGUAUAACGUGUGUCCUUUCCCUAAUCUGUGCCUUGGCCCUUGCUUACUUGGAUCAGAGAGUAGAAAGAAUCCUUCAUAAAGAACAAGGAAAAACAGGUGAAGUUAUUAAGUUAACUGAUGUGAAGGACUUCUCCUUACCCCUGUGGCUCAUAUUUGUCAUCUGCGUCUCCUAUUACGUUGCCGUGUUCCCUUUCAUUGGGCUUGGGAAAGUUUUCUUUAUAGAGAAGUUUGGAUUUUCAUCUGAGGCAGCAAGUGCAAUUAACAGUGUUGUCUAUGUCAUAUCAGCUCCCAUGUCCCCAGUAUUUGGGCUCCUGGUGGAUAAAACAGGAAGGAACAUUGUUUGGGUCCUGUGUGCAGUGGCAGCCACUCUUGCUUCCCACAUGAUGCUGGCCUUGACGCUGUGGAACCCUUGGAUUGCUAUGUGUCUGCUGGGAAUCUCUUAUUCAUUACUUGCCUGUGCGUUGUGGCCAAUGGUGGCAUUUGUAGUUCCUGAACAUCAGCUGGGAACUGCAUAUGGCUU